CCACUCCUCCCACUCACCAUUCCUUAAAGACAAAACGUUAACAAACGACAUUCAGGAUGAAUCAUGCGAACACUCGGGAUCGCUCCCGCUGAACUCGUAGUACGUUCACUUAGAGGACAUCUGACCAUUCAUCUUACGCCGCUGACAAUUGUAGCUACACGUUUUCCCAACUCCGAGGAGUCGCCGGUGGAUCAGCUUUUGCACAGAUCCAAGCGGACUUUCUUUACCCCGCGUCAGAUUCCAGUGACAAAGGAUUAGCCAGGCAGCUACACGACCUGCCGAUAUGGAACGUCCGUCUUUCAUCGUUCUGCUUAUCUUUGUAUCGAUUGGUGUGUGUGGGGCCCGGCUGGUGUCCGUGUCCAGCACCCCCCUGAUCCGCGUGGCGGGCCAGCCCACAUCCAUCCGCUGUGACGUCACCGAGUACGAGGGCCCCCGAGAGCAGGACUUUGAUUGGGACAUGAAGAAGGGUGAUGCGGGUGCAGUACAGGUCAUCUCCACCUUUGACCGCGAUUACUCGGACGCGUCGCUAAGGGACCGCAUCGCCAGCGGCGACGUCUCCGUAGUGAGGCUGAAGGACAACGUGGUGGAGCUGAGGAUAAAGGAAGUGAGGUCGUCGGAUAGCGGCACCUACAUCUGCAAAACCCCGAGCACAGACUCGGUCAUGAGCGGCAUCUACGAGGCUGAGGUCCAGCUCACAGUGAUCUCAGACACCCUUCAGGUUUCCCCGAGGUCGGCCACGCCCAUGGUCCCCGAGGGCGGGUCCUUCCUCCUGUCCUGCAAUGUCACUCGCCAGCUCACUCUCCCCACCUACCUGUCCGUCACCUGGUUGCUACAGAGAGGAACCAGCCCAUUGGAGGAGAUUCUGACCUUCGGCCCAGGGGGAGGAGUCACCACCGGGGCUGGAUACGCUCAGCGCUACUCAGACGGAGGAAUUGGAUUGGUUCCCCGUGGAGAGGGGGUGUUCGGAUUGGUGGUUUCCGGGGCGACGGCGUCAGAUGCAGGGCUGUACAAGUGUGUGGGGAGGCAGUGGACCACGGAACAGGGGAAGUGGAAGAACAUCCUGGAGAAGAGCGGAGAGAUGGGGGCUGUGAGCGUCACGGCCACUGCCAAGUCCCUGGUGGUGUCCGCCCUCUCCGACACCACCCUCAACGUGGACGACACUCUGACCCUGUCCUGCAUGGUGACCUUCGACCCCCUGAGCCAGCUGGCGCUGGAGGUGUCGUGGCUGGUGGACGGGCGCGGUGUGGCCAGCCUGUCCCGGGACGGCGUGCUGACUAACGGCUCCACACGGGUGGGGCUGCAGCGCAGCGGGCCAGGGGAGUUCACCCUGGUGGUGAGGGGCGUGGCAGGCUCGGACGCAGGGCUGUACUCCUGCAGGGUGAGGGCGUGGAGCCGGAGCGGGGAGGCUGGGUCUUGGUACCAAGCUGCAGAGAAGACAUCCAACCCAGUCAAGGUCCAGGUGGCCCGGAUAGAGCCUAACUUCUCGGUGACCUCCGACCUCGUGCUGACCCCCCAGGCUGCCGGUGACCCCACAGAGCUGGCGUGUCACGUGACCAACAUCACCCACCUUCCUGCCGUGGGAAGACUGGGCGUGGCCUGGGAGUACAGUCCACUUCCUGGUCCUCCCGGAGACCGCCCGGUAACCACUCAGACACCACAGCUGAUUGGCUCCCUGGACGCCCAGGGUAACCUCCAGACAGGAGAGCUGUACCGAGGCAGGGUGGAGUCUGGUGUGAUCUCUCUGACCAGAGUCAAACCUGACUCGUUCAUGCUGCGCUUUCUACAAACGCAAGACGGAGACAUGGGGGCGUACGCCUGCUCUGUGAGUGCCUGGACCCCCGCCGGUCAGGGGGGGAUGGAGCGAGCAGCUGAGCUCAAGACUGCCCCGGUCACCGUACGCUGGGAGUCCAAACGCCCGGGGCUGAGCGUGGUGGCUCAGACUAAGCAUGAGGCAUCAGCGGGCGGAGCUGCGUUCCAGAUGAGCUGCAGCGUGGCGGUGGAGCAUCUGCAGGAGCCAGGGUUCUCCGUGCUGGUCCAGACCCAGGAGAACCUGGAGGGAACCCCCAGGACCGUGGUGUCCCUCAGCCCAGACGCUGUGCUGCACCACGGGGGGAUCACCGACCCCAGCCGCAGAGACAGCCUGGUGCUGGUGAAGACCGGCCCGGCAGAGUUCAGCUUCCGCUUGGCCGGGGUGCAGCUGUCUGACCGGGGCUUCUACUGGUGUGAUGUCACAGCCUGGACCCGCCAGCCCGGCCAGUCCUGGACCCGAGCCGUCAGCGCAGAGUCCAACAAGAUCCAGGUCACCUUCCACGAGACUGGCCCCUCGUUCUCCGUGGAUAUCAAGUCUGACACCACCAAGGUGUUUCCCUGGGAGACAGCCAAGAUGGAGUGUAACCUCGGAGUGUCAGGAUCCUCCCGCAAGACUGACGACGUGUCGUACGAGGUGAGCUGGUUCCUGACGCGCAUGCGCGGCGCUCAGACGAGCACGCUCCUCGCCAGCGUCGACCGCUUCGGCGUGGUGAGGAAGGGUCAGCGCAACUCCAGCAGCGACGUGUCUCUGGAGCGCAGCGGGCCCCACACCUACACCCUGAGCGUGCACGCCACCCAGGACAGCGACUCGGGGGAGUACCACUGCCUGGCCACGCCCUGGCACCUGUCUGCCUCCACUGGGGUCUGGACCCAGGCCGCUCAGAUCAGCUCCACCAGAGUGUUCCUCACCGUACGCUUCGCCAUGUGGGACUCCCUGAAGCUGCCCCUGCUGUAUGGUGCGGGGGCGUCGCUGGCGGUGGGCGUGUUCUCCCUCCUGCUGGGCCUGGUGUGUGCCCGCUGCUGCUGCCGGAACACCACACACACCCCGCGCUCACGCACCAAGCUCAUUGACCUGGAGAUGGACUGACACACAGCCCGUCGCACACACACGCACACACACUCUCUCUGGGACCGUCACGCUUUGAUAGUCCAGUGAACGAGGGAGCGACGAGCGUGCACGUGCAGGCACGUUACCACCGCCGCGCCGACCGACCAAUUGCAGCGUGUUGCUUGGGUGUGUUGCUUGGAGCUUUCUGAUUGGCCAAUGGAAGAGGAAGCAUUCGUAAGGUCGUAAGGAUUGCCAUUGGCUGGUGUGACGUGUGACUUGCACUACAAAACUCCUGGACUACAUUUCCCCUCGAGAGGACUCUACCUUCUCUCCUGAACACUAGCUUUUGAAAUGACUUUUUUAAAGCUUUAAACUGAGACGUGUGUGUACGUUGUGUGUGUGUGUACGUUGUGUGUGUGUGUGGCAAACACUGCCCACGCUGGAAUAGACAGAUGUAUUUCCUGUCCCCCCCCUCCCCCUUGUCAAGGUGAUGAUGUCAUAACUAUGCGACUGGGAUCCAGAUGACCUGGUGCACUGUGACAUCAGACACUGAGACUGUAGACUUGAACCCCCUUACCCCUCUAUACUGCCCCUGGUGCUCCCCAACUGUGUACAACGCAGAGGAGCCUGUUUAGACCCCAGGCUCAGAUGAGAUGUGCUCAAAAGGGAGAAUGAAACUGUGGCUGGAAGUGAGAGAGAAUGUGGUCGGCUCUUGUGACUGAACCAAGUUACAAGAACAAGUCAUCAAGCAGCGGAUAGAGAUGGACGUGUAUCAUUCGUAGGCUGGGCUGCUAAGUAGCGAUGAAACCGGAUGAGCAGAGGAAGUGUUGGUGCUGCGUGGGUCUCUGCCUGCUCCACAGCUGGGAGCAGCUCUGCUGCUGCUGGUGCUAUACCCCGAGGCCUUACUCUCCUAUCCCCUCAGAGGCACCCUGGGCUGGGUUCUAACACUGCUGCUGCCCCCUCCUCUCUCCUCUCCAACACUUCCCCUUCCGGUAGACCAGCAGAGAGUAAUUACUGAGCCGUAAGCCGAAGAGGCUGAAUUGAAUAUGGGUCAGUUUAAACCACUAUAAAGUUCUGUGCAUUGUCCCAGUUCCACGGUCUAAUGAAGGCACUGUUGUUUCCUCAGAGAUGUUGUUGUACUGCAGCUUUAAGGGUUCAAAUCACUUUCUAUAGUAGUAGAUCACAGUUCCAGCAUGAUUAAGUAGUCUCUCCCCCUCUCUCCCUCUCUGACCCUUUCCUCUCUCCACCUCUCUCCCUCUCCUCUCCCUCUCUAUCUCUCUUUCUCCUCUCUCUCUCUCUAUCCCUCUCUUUCUCUCAGCUCUUCCUCUGGGCUAGAAGGUGUGUAUCUGCAGCCAGCUCAGUCCUGGGAGUGUGAGAGAGACUGGAGGUGUUUGUCCCAGUCCCUUGGGCUCUGCUGUCAGUUCUCACCCUGGGGACAAAGAGCGGCCCUUCCCUGUUAAUCCUCCACCAGGCUUUAGAGGCCUUUAUAGCUGAUAUCCUGUCCUGUCGCUCCAUCGACAAACAAUCGUGUUCAACAGUCCUCAUUCUGUACACGCCCUAACUUGAAUGCACAUUCACACAUUCAUGCAUACACACAUUCACACAUACACACAUACACAAGCAUGGCUCAAACACACACAGCUUGAACAUAACCCUCCCUACCCCCAUGCAUUGCAGUGUAACGACUUGAAUUGACAUUCAGCACACACUGACACACACAAGGAGAGACAGUCUAACAGCAUUCCCACUUGAGCUGCAGGCCGUCAGUGGAGUACCAGCUGUCUGGGAAGGGAACCAGGCCAGGGUUUGGAAUCUGACGGGGUUUAGUCCACUCCAACCCUCCUCUGCCCCCAGCAGGAGCAGAGUGGUAGUGCCAAACUAGAGACUGACACUUCCUGGUGUUGAGACUACUCCUAAUACACACGACACGCAAACACUACACACACACACACACAAACACACACAUUACACACACGCCCCACAAUAAAACACUUCAAGUGGUCAUGAAAGUCCUUUGUUGUUUAUUUUGAGUCUGACAUUAUUAUUGUGAUGGAUGUUUUUAAAUAGAUUUCUAAGUAUUCUUUUUUGUUGUAAAUGACUAUAAAAGCUUCUAUGAAUUUUAUCUGAUUUGAAUAUUGUAUAGUUGUGCCAAUGUUUCCCUGGGUAACGAUCAAUCAGGUUUUUAUAUGAUGCUUCCAGCCUUCUGAAUAACUUCAAAUAUUUCUGCCAGAAUAAAUGUUUUAUAACUGUG